AUGAAUACAACAAUAGGUUUAUGUUAUAUACAAUUAAUUCUUAUUACACAUGGCAUAUGUAUUCUAAUGGGUGCACCAUUAUUAACAGAUAUAAUACGAACAUUUCUAUUUAGUAUUUAUAUUGUUUUGAUUGGUUUUACACCUGUUAUUAUUAGUUUAAAAGGAAAUUUAAAUGAUAUUUAUAAUUUUCUAUUUGAUAAUGAAUUUUAUUUAACGAUAUCGAAAUCGAACAAACAUUUUUUUAUGAAAUAUUUAGUUUGGGGAACAAUUAUUGGUGCAUGGUUAGGUGCUUUACCAAUUCCAUUAGAUUGGGAUCGUUGGUGGCAACGAUGGCCAAUCACAUGUCUUAUAUCAUCAACAUUGGGUGCUGGAUUUUCUGUGAUAUUUACAUAUUUAUGGUUAUGGAUAAGAAAAAAUCAAAAAUAUAAUGAAGAUACAGAAUAA